AUGGAUACGAUUACAACACUCUUUCGUCGAGCCUGCGACGAGUCCGAUCCAAACUCAGACGCUUGCGCAAAGCCUACCAGCACAGUGCUUGAAGAUGCCGUUCCAGCGGCGGUAGUGGGAGUUUUUCUAAUAGUCACUGGUGUUACCAUAUUUAUUCUCGCGCGACGAAGACGACGGCAAUUCAAAGCGGACGAAGACAAGGAAAGAGAGUCCUUUGAGAUCGACAUCUACGAACCAACGAAUAGUCGCUAUCAGGCCCCUUCUUUCCCAGACCCAUUCAACGAAACCCACGAAUUAUCCCGUGACCCGGACUAUAAUGAGUUCUCGUUGGCGCCGCCUUACCCUGGACGAGAGCACUCCUCCAACAAAUCCUUUGUUUCGACCGACUCAGGCCAUACAUCAUCGCCUUCGGAGGCGCCUGCACCGCCAGCCUACCGCUCAGAGGCUCCCGUGGUGAAAGAGAUAUCCAAUGUUGAAGACGCAGGUAGCAGAAAGGCAUUUGAAGACAACGAACUCUUGGCGGGGGCGGUAUAUACGCAUUCGCCAAUGUCGACGAUACCAGCCUCGCAAUUCGGCCCUCCCGUUAAGUCCCUGCAGCCCGAGAUGAGAGCGGCAGAACCAUAUUGGCUGCAGAGACAAAUGUCGAGGCACAUAGAACAGUCGGAUAGCGAAGAAAAUAAUACCACCGGUAGUACGAGUGGUGAUUCCAAACAAACUGAAGUAUCGCGUUUGUCUCCCAAGUCCCGCUCUUUAUCGGAUGCUGCCAAACACACGCUAUUGCAACCUUCAGGGUCGCGGGAAUUCCCACCGUCAACGAAGGAUGAUAUGUCGCUUACAAACAGUCCAAUAACACCACAAAAGACCCAAACUCGUUACUCCACCCUUCAAAACCUCUCACUCCAAGUUCCACGACACACUCCUGUGCCCUCUACACCAGGGUCAUCUGCACCCAUCAACCGUGUCCCUCUUUCUCCAAAAUUAGACGCUGCGCAGAUUUAUGGAUCGCCCGCAUCGGCGAUACCUCGUCGAUCACGAGGCUUAGACUUCUCCCGUGCCUGCACAAAUCUACAUCACUCAACACUCGCUGAGUCCUCGCCUGACUCAUCUCCCAACGUUGGUGGUCGCGGGGUGAACAUUCCACAGCGUCGAGGAGUCAAUACAUCCACCUUUGGCUCGCCCGGAUCAAGUCUCGCCCACCAAUCAGGCAGCGUGCCAGCUAAUCUGACGACAAUGUCCAGUUCGCUGUCAAGCGUCAAUAUGCUGGAGUCUGACACUAGCAGUAGCGAUGACGAUGACGAUGAAGAACAAAUGAAUGCCGACCGCGACGAGAUGAUGAUUACCACAACACCACAGGCGAGCAAAGCGUCUAAUGUACUGUUGUCAAAUCCCUUUGGUGGUGCGGUCCCAAGUCCAGGAAACGACUGGAUGGGAGGUUACUCUCCAGCCGCGGCGAGUCUACUCAGUUUCCAGCGAGCACGAUUUCGCAAAUCACGAAACAGCCGACAUAGCUCCAGUAGUGCCAGUGGAAAUAGCAAUAAGCCAAGUCCAGGGCCGCUGUCUCCACCUGCAAUGAAGAGCAUAGAAGCAUCAAAUGGGGGCUAUUUUGCUCGUGAAAUGUCCAGAAGCGUCUUACAGUCGCGCAGAGAAAGCCUCAGCCUUGGGACUGGUGAUCUUCAGCUCUCGGAUAUGAGCGAUGAUGGAGAAAAUCGACCACCAAGGGGAGACAGUCCCGGAGGCAGUGCGGAGAAUGGUCCCCGGGGAGUAGUCCGUCGCGCCGUGACUCGACGGGGGAACUUAUUACCUAAACCAAAAAUGUUUUCUCGUGUUCGUGCAGCAUUGAUGGAAGAAAGCACGCCUCUUGAUAGCGAAGCAAAAAGAGAAGCCGAGGUCAUCCGGCAGGUCCGCGAAAGCGAUUCUACUGUCGAAACACAGACUCCUGGUUUCCCUUUAGAGAAACUAGAAGAACUUACUUCUACUACCUCAGUGUCUGAAACAUCAACUCGAAGCGCUCCUGAAACCAACUUUUCCAACCAGGCUUCUUUGAACUCAGGCGGCGCGAAAUUCUGGGACACGUUUGAUGGUCGUUAUCGCACUCCGCCACCGGCAGGUCGCCUGUCAACGCAAUCUUCCAUUGUCGGCGAAGAUAUGACAAUGGAAACCCCGCAGUCAGCUGUUGGACGAGAUGUGGACUGGCGUUCUCCGGCACCGCAGGCGGUAAAUCAGGUUUUGGCAAGUGAACUUUCUCGCAAACGUCGGCGUGAUGAUGGCUUCGACGCAGAGUCCUUCAAGAGACGUGCCGUGUCACCCGGCAUGAGCGUUCAAAGCAGUCCAGUUUUAUCACAGGCUUCGGCUGUCAAAGACAGUAGUGCGUGGGUUAUUCCUCCCAAGACAGCUGCUGCGCUGUUGAGUGAACAGACUAGCUCUGUAGCUACUCCGACCGGGUUGAAACGAAUCGGCUUACAAGGAAUGAAUGAAACGAAUGACGGGUUGAUGAAUAUGAGUAUUGACAUGAGUUCCACAGUCGAAAUUGCAUCUUCCUUCAUCGAGGGAGCUCCCCCCGGAGAGUUAUCCGAUGUAGUCGCAGACAUCAAGGCCCUUACCGCCGAUGGACAGGACAUUAUCCCAGAUCUCGAACCUGCGUUCAAAAGUUAUAACGAGAAGCAAUUAGCUACAGUGAAGCUUCCCGGGAGCAGCCAGGAGGUGAUUGUGAGCGAAUUCAAUAGACUGGACGGAGACCGGUACUACGAUGUUGAGAGCUCGACAUCCUUUGAAUUUGACCAUAUCACACAAACAGCUUCCGCGGCACAAUCAUACCCCCUCGACUCUCAGAACGGUGAUCUUGUGAAAUCACUACUUCGGUCCCUGUCUGCCCACGCGACUGAGCAUUACCCCAACUCCGCCUAUGGGGUGUAUCCCAUCGAGAACGACACUGCGGUUGCUAUCGUAUUGGUAGCCAACCGCUACUCUCCGAGCAAUUUCUGGAACGGUCGCUAUCGUGCCAUUUACCAAGUCCCCGUUUCCUCCUCUUCCGCCACUAUUACCGGCAAUAUCCACGUUGAUGUGCACUACUACGAAGACGGCAAUGUUGCUUUGAGCACCACCAAGCCGGUCUCAAUUCCCUUAUCGUCCAUCUCUGCCGAGGCAAUCAUGUCCAAGAUCGGCACUGCCGAGCGCGAUCACCAGGAAGAGUUAAACCGAGCAUUCAGCCGGCUGGCCGAGGGUGCUUUUAAGAGCUUGCGACGACAGUUGCCUAUUACAAGACAGAAGGUUGAAUGGGAGAGGGUUGGAGGGUAUCGCUUGGGACAGGAUAUUUCUGGUGGGAAGGGACGAUGA